UCUAUGAUUAGGGCUGUGGCGAGGGAAGGAGAUUGCCGCUCUGGAAGGUCAAGGGGCUUUUUACUCACAGUCCUUGCUGACCGUAUGCCGUGAGUUGCUUUGAAUGAAUUCGUUACGUCGUGGUGCAGCUCCUGAAUCGAUGGCUUUGGUUGGAAUUCUGGAGGAAGAAUGAGAUAUGUGCAGCUGAUCUCCAGGGAAUAAAAAGUCUCCGAGUUGGCAUACAGCAUGGCUCCGGAGAGCGCGUCGCUCCUGAAAACAGGGCUUGUGUUGCUGACAGCAGCUCUAGUCCUUCCAUCAGUGUCUGGCUGCAACAGGGGUCUCUACGAGAGGACGAUCCACGAUCUGUGUCUCAACAAGUUCAAGUUAGACAUGGGCGGACUGGACAGAGCCCUGUGGUGCAGCUGGCCGGACACCAUGGAGAUCUAUGAGGGACUGACAAACUGCACAUACCAGGUGGCCUUAAGGGUGGACUGCUUCUGGCCAAACCGGAUCGUCGACCGCUUCUUCAUGGAGAUUCACCGGCUCUACUUCCACGAAUGCGCUCUUACUGGUCGGCUCCUCCACGACCCACCGAGCAGCAUCCUCGCCCCGUUCAUCACAGUGCCGGUGCUGAUUACGCUGCUCAUGACUGCCCUCGUGGUGUGGAGGAGUAAACGCACAGAGGGGGUUUUAUAGAGACUGGCCUCUGGGUUCGGACUUAAGGCUUGUAAAUACAUAAGGACUCCUGACAGACAGAGCGUGAGCAUGUGAUUUAUGUUUGUUUUGUUUGAGCACUUAGUGUUGUGAGAUUGUGUUAAUACGAAUGUAUGAACAGCACAGUGAAACAGUUGCAUGCAGUAGGUUGACCUUAAUAAAAUAAUAUGUUACAAGCUCCCCAUUUGGAAUAAAAAAUGAAUGUUUCCAAACAUCAUUUUUAGUUGAUAACGUCAAGCAAUAUGAGAGUGUCAAAGUUUGACAGGGGAAAGCAACAAAGUCAUUGAGAUUCAGGGGAUUUGGAGGCCACAUGUCUUAAUUACCUUCUGUUCUCAUGGCCCUAAACAAUCUGUGAACACAUAAAUAACAGUGGAGAGGGGGGCUCUCAGGGAGGCACCAGUGACUUGGAUGAAUUAUUGCUGUGAAUUUAGAAGAGAGAGAUGACAAAACAGAGGCUCUCUUCUUCUCAGCUGACUGGAAAGGAGAAGAAAAUUAAUAAGAGAAAAGAAGGAGUUUUGGACAAAGAGGUCAGGGUUUUUAUUAAGCCAAAUCACUUUGUGCUUAAGGAACAGAAGUAAACUGCUGAUUUUACUGUCAUGUGCAGAGCUGCAGAAGGAAACCACAUGGUGCUUGGAUUACAAUGAGGAAUGACUUAUUCAUAUCACAACUGAGAGACACACAGUACUAAGGGUCCCAGUUAGACUUCGGUUUGUUUAAAGAGGUCACAAGGCAGAAAGUUAAGAAACACCUGUUUGCUGGAUCGAUCCAGGUAGAAAGAUCAAGGUUUACGUGCCAACCAGUAGAAAUACUUCACAACCACUGUAACUUCAGUGUCAGGAGAGGACGCCUUCAUGGCAGACAGCAACCUGAGAUGGAAGACACAGGAAGACAAGAAGAGACGGAGUGGUUUAAUAGGAUCUAAAGAGAAAGAAAUUAGUAGUAAAGAGCAGUAAAAAGUAAAGUAUAGUCAUAAAUUAACUAAAACCCCAAAGUCUUCUGUCCUCCUUUCAGACCACACAAGACAAAACACAAGUCCAAUCUUUCCAGAGGCAGAGAGCAGAACUGUGUGUAAAUCUUCCCAAACUGUCAUAGUAAUUAAAUACAAUGACUUUUUAAAAUCCACGUUAAAGUUAUGGCUCAGCAAUUCUCCUCCAUAUAUUUUGCUUGCUGGGCCGUUCUCUCCUGUCAGUGGCAGGGGGGGAAUUAAUGGUGGUUAUAUUAUCAAAGCAGCAAAAGCCCUCAACAGUUAAGCUUAGUCAAGCAAUGUUUGGCUUUUCUGAUUAAUGCCUGAGACUGUAAUGGUAUUCAAAGUUACAUUUCAGCAGUUGUUGAUGCUGAUUAAUGAAUUCAGGUGAAGACGAGCAGAUCCACAUUCAGCCACAGGCAGGAGGAGGUGAGAGCUCAGGCCCAGAUGUUAACAACUGGAUUCGUGAAUGAAUUGGAGGUUCAUAUCUCACUUGUUCCUGAUGUCAAUAGAAAGACGUUUAGCCUCAUUGGGGUCCUUUUUUUGCAGUUUCUGGUAGUUGGAGAAGGUCUCUACCAUGCCAAUGUAUCCAGUCACCGGCAAGAUCCUUUUCAGCCUGAAACACUCAUUCCUGGAGAAAAAAAAGAAAAUGAAAUCAUCUAUAUAUGUUGAAAUUAGGGUGAAUGUAACCUUUGAGUGGUUAAUGUUUUGGGGAAAUCUAUCCUUCCCCCCCAAGACUAUAUAGAGGUGCCCUCGAGCAAGACUCUUGACCCCCAGCUGCUCAAGUUUAAGCUGCUCUGUGCCACAUAACUCCCAGACGUCAGAGUGUAUAUCACAUAUGAAAUGCAACUUGGAUGUAAAUAAAAAAAUCUGAAACACU